CUCACCAUGUCAGUGGGAAACACCAGCUUUGUAAAGGAUUUUGUCAUAGUCGGCUUUCCUGGACUUCAGCCUCAUUAUUAUGGCCUUGUAUCGGCAUUUCUGUUCUUUGUUUAUGUGUUUACAUUAAUAGGAAAUGCUGUAUUUUUUACAUUGUUUGUGAUAACUAAGAGCCUUCACAAGCCUGUGUAUUACUUCAUUAUUAAUCUAGUCGUGAGUGACGUUUUAUUUAGCACCACAACAUUAACAAAAAUAAUUAGCAGGUAUUGGUUUCAAGAUGGAACCAUUUCAUUCUUGGGUUGUUUUGUUCAGAUGUUCUCUGUGCAUUUGUUUGGCAGUGCAUGUUCAGUUGUUUUGGCAGUAAUGGCUAUAGACCGCUACACAGCAAUAUGUUACCCUCUUCAGUAUCACAGCAUUAUGACAAACAGAAAUGUGCUCAUUCUGAUUCUGAGCCCUUGGAUUUUGAGUUUUUGGGGGCCUUUGGCACUGGUCAUUCGUGCUUACCCUCUCCCAUACUGUGCAGAUAACAGCAUUAUACACUGUUACUGUGAUCAUGUUUCCAUCACAACACUAGCAUGCACUGACAGAUCACUGUACAGUAUUCCAGCCCUCAUUUAUGCCUUUUUAAUACUUUUAGUACCCUUUGCUGUUAUUAUUUUCUCGUACUGCUCCAUCUUUAUAGCAGUUAUGAGAAUUUCAGGUAAUCAAGGAAGAAUGAAGGCUUUCUCCACAUGCAGCCCUCAGCUCAUCAUAAUUGCUCUCUAUUUUAUACCCAGGAUUUUUAAUUUUUUAUCUGGCAACAUUGGUUUAAAGUUCAGUACUGAUUUGCGAUUAAUCAUGAUUAUGAUGUAUAGUGUGCUGCCUCCAUUGAUUAACCCCCUUAUCUAUUGUUUGAGAACAGAAGAGGUAAAAAAGGUACUAAGACAACAAUUUCAAAAGAAACUGAUAGGUAAUACUUUACAGCUGCUGUGA